GCCGCACCCCGACGUGUUCGCUCUCCUUGCCCCAACCUUAUACACCCCGCUUAGAUCCUCCUAUCGAACACGACGGUUCAGACAAUAUCCCGAGAAAGAUGCCUCCGCCUUUGUUAGAUCAGAUCGUUCAGACCGCUCUUCCGCAACAUUGUGAACCCUCGUCGGCUUUCCUGGCCUCCCUUUCUUCGCACUUGCAUAUCUGCCUUCCGACACCCUUGGCGCUCAUAUCCUCGGUGCUCGGGACGUUGAGUAUUGUUUCGUGGCUCUUUGCCCAGCUCCCUCAGAUCUACAAGAACUUUCAAUUGCAAUCGACGUCGGGCCUGUCUUUGUUCUUCCUCGUUGAGUGGUGUCUGGGCGAUGCCAGCAACCUGGUUGGUGCCCUGCUCACUCGCCAAGCGGGCUGGCAAGUCAUUGUGGCCGGAUACUAUGUGCUUGUGGACGUGACUCUGGUGUUCCAGUACUUCUGGUAUACCCACUACAAACAGCCACGACCCACGGAUAUCACGGAUGUGAAGGACCUGAAGGCACAGGGGUUGGUGGGAGGCCAGUCGCCGUCCUAUUCCAACGAGAAAAUGAGCUCUUCUCGUCGGUCAGUGACUCGCACUGGUAGCGGCCGCAGCCUCCCGUCUACCUCAACACGCACCGUGUUGCUGGCUUCCAUGCUGUGUGCCGUGCUCGCAAAUGCAGCUCCGACGGAACCGGAAACCGGGUCCCCAUCCAGUGGAAUCAAUCUUGAGCUCAUCGGCCGCAUCGUUUCGUGGAUGUCAACGGUCCUUUAUCUCGGUUCUCGACCGCCCCAGCUAUAUAAGAACUACUGCCGCAAGAGCACGUCGGGCCUGUCUCCUCUCCUCUUCAUGGCUGCCUUUGGCGGAAACCUCUUCUACUCUGCUUCUCUCCUGACAAACCCGAACGCCUGGUAUGACUUUCCUGCGUAUGGCGGUGGUGGAUGGGCCGACGGCGAUGGCAACGACCGCCUCGAGUGGGUGGGCCGUGCCAUUCCCUUUUUCCUGGGAGCCUUCGGGGUCCUGGGUCUGGACGGCUUCAUGGGCGUGCAAUUCCUCAUGUACGGCUCCAAUGACGGAGAAUCCAUCAUCGAAGUCGAAGACCCCAAGCGCGGACGCAGCCGCUGGACCCGCGUCCGUGGCUGGAUGAGGGGUUGGAUCCCCUCCGUCUCCCCCAAACGCGAGAUCCACCACAGCAACCCUCCCACUCCUCACGAACGACGAGCUCUUCUAGACGAAGACCGCGAGAGAUACGGCACCGUUUGAGCCAUCCCUGCUUUCCCAUUUCUUUAACCCCUGCACUUCGCAGAGGAAUGACCAUUUCAUGACGUAAUGACUAUCAACUAGAGGACUUCCUCUACUGUUUUCGGUUUCCUAUACUAUACAUCUGUGCUCUUUUUGUUUUCUCUACCAGAUCAAUCAGUUUUGGUUAUACCAGCCACUUGGCUCUUCGCGAUCCCCU